AUGGCGGACUGUAUACGUGUUCCUCUUCUCCUGCUCUCGAUCUGCAUCUUCUCCUCUUUGCACCCAAUUCGAGGACAAAAUAAUGUUAUCACCAAACUCGCAGCUAAUGCUGAUCUUCCGCUGAAGCCUGCCGGAGGUCUGGGGCCGGCAGCGGGGAUCCCGGGAGCCGCGGAAAGGAUCCCGGGAGCCGGGGCCUCGCUGCCUCGGAAGCGCUCCACCGGCUGGAAGUUGGUCGAGGAAGGGGUGUGCAGGGAGGACCUGACCCUGCUUUGCCCCAAACACUCAUGGAACAACAACCUGGCGGUGCUGGAGUGUCUGCAGGACAGGAAAGAGGAAACUGAGAUUGCAGCCGAAUGCAACAAUCUGCUGUGGAACUACAAGCUGAACCUGACCACCGACCCCAAGUUUGAGUCUGUCGCCGUGGAGGUCUGCAAGACCUCCAUCUCUGAGAUCAGAGAAUGCGCGGCAGAGGAGCUGGGGAAGGGCUACCUGGUGUCCUGCCUGGUGGAUCACCGUGGCAACAUUAGCGACUACCAGUGUAACCAGUACAUCACCAAGAUGACUACCAUCGUGUUCAGCGACUACCGGCUCAUCUGCGGCUUCAUGGAGAAGUGCCGCGAGGACAUCAAUACGCUACACUGCGGCAGCAUCAGCACCGGGGAAAAGGACGUCCACUCUCAGGGCGAGGUCAUCGCCUGUCUGGAGAAGGCUUUGGUGCGGGACGCCGAGGAGCAGCAGGGGGCGCACCCCAUCAAAGACGAGUGCAAGAGGUCCAUCAUGAGGGUGGCCGAGCUCUCCUCGGACGACUUCCACCUGGACCGCUACCUAUAUUUCUCCUGCCGGGAGGACCGCGAGCGCUUCUGUGAAAAGACGCUGGCCGGAGAGGGGCGAGUUUACAAAUGUCUCUUCAAUCACAAGUUCGAGGAGGCGAUGACGGAGAGGUGCCGCGAGGCGUUGACCACCCGGCAGAAGCUGAUCGCUCAGGACUACAAGGUGAGCUACUCGCUGGCCAAGGCCUGCAAGUCGGACCUGAGGAAGUACCACUGCAGCGCCGACAGCAACAUGCCGCGGGCCCGCGAGGCCCGCCUCUCCUACCUGCUACUGUGCCUGGAGUCGGCUGUGCACCGAGGCCGCGUGGUCAUCGGCGAGUGUCAGGGCGAGAUGAUGGACUACAGGCGGAUGCUGAUGGAGGACUUCUCCCUGAGUCCGGAGAUCGUGCUGCACUGCCGGGCGGAGAUCGAGGGCCACUGCUCGGGCCUCCACCGCAAGGGCCGCACGCUGCACUGCCUGAUGAGGGUUGGCCGGGGGGACGCCAGUGCCAUCGACGCCAACUGCCAGAGGGCGCUCCAGACUCUGAUCCAGGAGGCUGACCCCGGCUCCGACUACCGCAUCGACCGGGCCCUCAAUGAGGCCUGUGAGUCUGUGAUCCAGACGGCCUGCAAGCACAUCCGCAGCGGGGACCCGAUGAUCCUGUCGUGUUUGAUGGAGCACCUGUACACAGAGAAGAUGGUGGAGGACUGUGAGCACCGGCUGCUGGAGCUGCAGUACUUUAUCGCCCGAGACUGGAAGCUGGAUCCCGUCCUGUACAGGAAGUGUCAGAGCGACGGCGCCCGCCUCUGCCACGCCCACCGCUGGAACGAGACCAGCGAGGUGAUGCCGCCCGGCGCCAUCUUCUCCUGCCUUUACCGCCACGCCUACCGCUCGGUGGAGCAGGGCCGCCGGCUCUCCAGGGACUGUAAGGUGGAGGUGCAGAGGAUCCUCCACCAGAGGGCGCUGGACGUGAAGCUGGACCCCGAGCUCCAGAGGCAGUGCAUGACCGACCUGGGAAAGUGGUGCAGCGAAAAGACGGAGCCCGGCCAGGAGCUGGAGUGCCUGCAGGACCACCUGGAGGACCUGGUGGCCGGCUGCAGGGACGUGGUGGGCAACCUGACGGAGCUGGAGUCCGAGGACAUCCAGAUUGAGACUCUGAUGAUGCAGGCGUGUGAACCCGUCAUCCAGACCUUCUGCCACGAGGUGGCCGAUAACCAGAUCAACACGGGGGACCUGAUGGAGUGUCUGGUGCAGAACAAACACCAGAAGGAGAUGAAUGAGAAGUGUUCUGUGGGAGUGACGCACUUCCAGCUGAUCCAAAUCAAAGACUUCCGUUUCUCCUACAAGUUCAAGACGGCCUGCAAGGAGGACGUCCUCAAGCUGUGUCCCAACAUCAAGAAGAAGGUGGACGUGGUGAUCUGCCUCAGCACCACCGUGAGGAACGACACGCUGCAGGACGCCAAGGAGCAGCGGGUGUCCAUCAAGUGUCGCAAACAGCUGCGGGUGGAGGAGGUGGAGAUGUCGGAGGACAUCCGCUUAGAACCAGAGUUGUACGACCCCUGUAGGCAGGACAUCAACCGGCUGUGUCAGAACGUGCCCUUCGGAAACGCACAGGUCAUCGAGUGUCUGAAGGAGAACAAACGGCAGCUGACUCAGCGCUGCCACCAGCGCAUCUUCAAGCUGCAGGAGGUGGAGAUGGUGGAUCCCGAGCUGGACUACCAGCUGAUGAGGGUCUGCAAGCACAUGAUCAGGCGGUUCUGUUCGGAGUCGGAGGGGAAGAACGUUCUUCAAUGUCUGAAGCAGAACAAGAACAGCGAGUUGAUGGAUCCUAAAUGCAAGCAGAUGAUCACCAAGAGACAGAUCACCCAGAACACGGACUACAGGCUGAACCCGGUGCUGAGGAAGGCCUGCAAAGCCGACAUCCCCAAGUUCUGCCAGCCCAUCCUGAACAAGGCCAUGGCGGACAGCGAGCUGGAGGGGCAGGUCAUCGCCUGCCUCAAGCUGAAAUACGCCGGCCAGCGUUUGUCUCCAGACUGCGAGGCUCAGAUCCAGGUCAUCCUGCAGGAGUCAGCGCUGGACUACAGGCUGGACCCUCAGCUGCAGAUCCAAUGCACAACGGAGAUUUCCCAGCUGUGUUCAGAGGAGGCGGCGGCUCAGGAGCAGACGGGUCAGGUGGAGGAGUGUCUUAAGGUCAACCUGUUGAAGAUUAAACAGGACGGAUGUAAGAAGGAGGUUCUGAACAUGCUGAAGGAGAGUAAGGCGGACAUCUUCGUGGACCCUGUCCUCCACACGGCCUGCGCUCUAGACAUCAAACAUCAAUGUGCAGCCAUCCCACCUGGAAGGGGGCGACAGAUGUCGUGUCUGAUGGAGGCACUUCAGGACAAACGAGUACGUUUGCAGCCGGAGUGCAAGAAGAGACUUCAGGAUCGCAUCGACAUGUGGAGCUAUGCCGCAAAGGUGGCUCCUGCCGAGGGCUUUUCUGACCUGGCCAUGCAGGUGAUCACGUCUCCAUCCAAGAACUACAUUCUGAUGGUGAUUGGUGGAGGCGUUGCUGUGCUCUUUGUAAUGGGGCUGCUCUGCGGCCGAUUCACCAGGCGCGUCACUCAGCAGCUGAAAGACAGGUAGACCCCACCCCCUUUGGGUUCAGGACACACCCACCGGAGAACAACCACCUCUGAUCAUCAACCCCCCUUCUCCCCUUUCCUCUCUGAGUCACCACUUAAUAUACAGAAAGAAAUUGGCAUCUUUGGCCAUCUCUGCAAUAUCAAAGAGGAAUUACCCACAACCCUGCAGGACAAAGUCUGCUUAAUCAGUGACCUCAGUGAUCUGUUCUUCCGUCCUCUACUCGCCAGGAGGCCACGCCGCCUGCCACCUUUUCUUCUUCUCUUCCCAAGCAUCGAUAACGAGCGUGGCCUCCUCCUGUGGUUUUACCCCACCCUCACCUGAUGUAGAUGCAUUGUUACUUCUCAGUUUUUCUUUCUCCCAUGUUGGCAGUGAGACAAAGAUGGGGUUGGGAGGGGCUGGUAAGAAUAUGGGGUCAGAGGUUAAGAUUGACAAAGGAGGUAAAAUCAUGGUCUAAUCAACUGUAAAUGUGUAGAAAGUGGGUUUGGAAAUGCUCAAAUAUAGAGCAGUUUAACGAUUCAAUGACGUGUGUGUGUGUGUGUGUAUGCCAGAGAGAGAUUGUGUGUAUAUGUAAAAGUGUGUGUGUGAUUGAAACUGUCCUACCACCUUAUUGUUCUCAUUUGUUGUCCCACUAAAGUUUUUUUUGUGGGUGGUUUGAUAUAUCUUCGUUUUUUUUUGCCGAUGUGUUAGUUAGAUUUUACCGCCAUGGGACUGCCAGGCGGGUGGUGACAAGCAGUCAGCACUCCACUCUGGACACAUCAAAGGCUCCCAACCAGCUCGCUCACAAUCUCUCCUCACAGCUGGAAUACCUGGGGAUAUUUUUAUUUUAGCUUUCUAAAGCGGCGGACUUGACGACUUCAGUCAAGUAUUUUUUUCGCUCCAUUCAUUAUUUAUUUUCCCAGCCCAAUCCGCGCCUUAAACACACCGCCCUCGUCCAGCUGCAUCUCCCGCUUUGACCGGGUUCUUUUUUACAUUUCCGGCAGCCGGUUGGAACGCUUGCUUUGAGUGAGGGGUCCCCGCGGUCCCACCGGGUGGGAAUUUAACACGAUGGCUGCUGACACAGGAAAAAACCCCAAAAUAAAAUAAAAAGAUUAUAGAUCAUUAUAGAGAUGUGAAUAUUUUUGAUGAGACUGGAAUCACUGCACAUUUGUUGUCAUAUAUCUAGAUCUAUCUAGAUUUAUAUAUAUACAGUUUUGUCAUAGCCUUAUUUAUUUGUUUACUAAUGGUCAGUUGUUGUUUUUUCUUGUCUUUUUGUUAAUAUGGUUUGAAUGUUCUCCGGUUGCCUUUUCUCCAGCGAGCAAUCGCCCCUCCUUCCCCGAGAGGGAGGGAGGUUGGUCCCCUCCGGGCAUUGACCUGCUCUGUCAGUGUGACAGUGGACGCCUCUCUGGUGGGCAGAGGGAGUCUUUCAGAGGGAUCAAAGUGUUCAUCUUUAAUGUGACGAUACUUUGGGGAUGUACACUGGUGCCGAUCAGCGAUGCGGAUACAAGGGGGGGGGGGGUUAGCUCUCUGCUACAUAUGUAGGUCAACACCCAAACUACAGGUGUGAAACCAAACUUCGGACAACUAGCAAAA